AUGGAUGAAGAAUUAACUGUAUUAAAAUCAAUUUAUUUGGAUGAUUUAAUUAUUAAUAAUGAUCAAGAAACAUCUAUUAGUAUAACAAUUUAUUCGAAUGGUGAUGAAAAUGAUUUCGAUCCUGAUAAACGUCUUUUAUUUAUAACAUUAAUUGCUGAACUUCCAUCAACAUAUCCUGAUAUUGAUUCACCUAAAAUAACACUUUGUCGUUCACGUGGUUUAACAGAUCAACAAUUAGAUGAAUUAAAUUCAUUAAUAUCUUCAUGUCUUGAAUUAAAUUCUGGUUCAUGUGUUCUAUAUGAAUGUAUUGAAUUAAUACGUUCAAAAUUAUCAUUAUAUGAAUUACCACAUGAAGCUUGUGCUAUAUGUUUAACAUUAAUUAAUAAUCGAAAUGAUAUUAUAAAAACAAAUUGUCAUCAUUUUUAUCAUAAAAAUUGUCUUGCAUCAUAUGUACAAAUAAAAAAAAAUGAAUUAGAAGAAAAAUAUCAAGAAGCAAUUAAAUGUAAAUUUGCUAUGGAAAAAGAUUUUCGUAAUGAUAUUGAAGAUCCUGUAUGUCGACAAAUACUUUCAAGUACUGUUAUUGAACAAUUACCAUCAUCAACAAUUGAAACAAUUAAUAAUAAAGAAGAAAAUCGAGAAUUAAUUAAAAAACUUUCACCAAAUAUAAGACAAUGGCAAGAAAGAACUCAUGCACUUUUUCAACAACAAAAAGAAAAAGGAGGAAUUAUUAAUCUUGAUAAAACACAAGAGAUAAUAUUUAGUUAA